UGGAGGCUGAGCCAGACAUCUGUGUUGGAGAGGAUAAGCUCUAUCAAUGUUCCUGCAGUUCCCAGCGGUCGCAAGGUCACAACAGUGCUAGGUCAGUAAUGAAGCCCAGCUGCGUCGGCUCUGCCACAAAAUUACGGGUAGAAGAAGAAGGAGGAGGCGGAGCUGCGUGUUUGAAAGUGGCGGGCAGCAACAACAUUCAUUUCAAAGAUAUUGGUGUGAGUACACGGGUAAAGGACAAAAAAAUCAAGUUAAACAGUCAUUUCAGAGUAAACGGUUCGUUAAGGGUGUCUAAUGUUAGUCCUGUCGACUGUCAGAUCCGUUGAAUACGUGUUUCGUGAUAUUUAAACGAUUGCACUGGAGGAAACUCAAAGAGUAUUAAUUGGAAUCUUGCACCAUGACGAACGAGGAUGCAAAGGUGAUCCCAGUGCGGGUCGCCUUGCGAUGUCGCCCGUUGGUACCAAAAGAAAUCAACGAGGGGUGUCAGUGCUGUCUCACUUUUGUGCCUGGGGAGCCACAGGUGAUCGUUGGCACAGAGAAGGCGUUCACCUAUGAUUAUGUAUUUGAUCCCACUGCUGAGCAAGAGGAAGUCUUCGGUUCUGCUGUGUCCCCCUUAUUGUGUGGGCUUUUUAAAGGCUACCAUGCCACAGUACUUGCAUAUGGACAGACAGGAUCAGGAAAGACCUUCUCCAUGGGAGGAACGUACACAUCAGCUCAAGAGAAUGAUCCUUCAGUCGGAGUUAUUCCACGAGUCAUCAGAAAGAUCUUUGAAGAAAGGGAAAAGAGGACGGAUUGUGAAUUUGGCCUGGCAGUAUCUUACCUGGAGAUCUAUAAUGAAGAUGUUUUGGAUUUGCUGUGCACAUCUAAAGAUAAACCUGCCAUCAGCAUUCGAGAAGACCCUAAAGACGGCAUUAAGAUUGUGGGUUUAACUGAGAGGCAGGUGUUCUCUGCCCAUGAGAUGGUGGGCUGUCUGGAGCUUGGAAACUCUGCUCGCACCGUUGCCUCCACAGCAAUGAACGCUGCUUCGUCCCGCUCACAUGCUAUCUUCACCAUCACACUGGAGCAGCGCAAAGGGAGAGACAAAGUCGACUCCAUUGUCUCAAAGUUACACCUUGUGGAUCUGGCUGGUUCAGAGAGGCAAAAGAAAACCAAAGCAGAGGGAGAUCGUUUAAAGGAAGGCAUCAGCAUCAAUCGAGGCCUUUUGUCUUUGGGUAAUGUGAUCAGUGCCUUGGGGGAUGAAAGCAAGAAAAACACCUUUGUUCCUUACAGAGACUCCAAGCUGACCCGCCUACUACAAGAUUCUCUGGGAGGCAAUAGCCACACAUUGAUGAUUGCGUGCGUCAGUCCUGCGGACUCAAACAUGGAGGAGACCAUCAACACACUGCGAUACGCUGACAGAGCUCGCAAGAUUAAAAACAAACCUAUAGUCAACGUUGACCCCAGAGCUGCAGAAAUGAGCCGUUUGAAACAGCAGGUUCAGGAGCUGCAGGUGAUGCUCCUUCAUGCCCGUGGCGGAGUUGCACCAGUGCUGUCUGGGCCAGAGUCAGCGGAGAACGUGACUAAGCUGUUGGAAAAGAAUCGCUCUCUGCAGGAUGAGAACAAUAAACUAAGCAGGGAGCUGAGUGAGGCAGCUGGACAGACCGCCCUCAUGUUUGAGAAGAUCAUUAUGACGGAACAAACAAAUGAGAAACUACAAAGCAAACUGGAACAACUGCGUCACCAUGCAGCAUGUACGGUGGAUCUUGAGAAAAUGAUGGAAACACUGGAGGACCAGGAGUUGAAGGAUAACGUUGAGGUGAUGAGGAACCUCCAAGAAAUCAUCCUGGAACUCAAGAAUGAGAGUGCAGGCAUCGCUGCCUCUAUCGAUGCUAUGGCUGCAGGAGAGGAUGAACCUGAGUUAUCGGAGAAUGGCAAUAAAAACGCAGCAGACGAGUCCCCAUCAGAUGCUGCUGGUAAGGACUCACCGGAGGCCUUUACAACCCAUCAUGCACUGCGGCAGGCCCAGCUCUCCAAGGAACUGAUUGAGCUCAACAAAGUAUUGAGUUUGAAGGAAGCUUUUGUGAAGAAAAUGUGCCAGAAUGACGGCCAGCUGGAGUCAAUGCAGUCAGAGCAUCAGAAAAAUGUACAGAGUCUACAGUCAUCAGUCGACUCUCUGCUGAAGGAGAAAGAAGAACUUGUUUUGGCACUUCAGUCUGCAAAGAAAGACACCAACCAGGCGAAGCUUAGUGAGCAGCGGAGGAAGAGGCUGCAGGAGCUCGAGGGCCAACUCGUAGACAUGAAGAGGAAGCUUCUUGAGCAAUCCAAGCUGCUGAAAGUCAAAGAGUCUUCUGUUCAGAAAGUUAGCAAGCUCAUGCAGGAAAUACAGGCUAUGAAGACCCAGCGUACACAGCUGAUGAGGCAGAUGAGGGAGGACUCUGAGAAAUUCAGAGUCUGGAAGAGCAAGAAGGACAGAGAGGUUCUGCAGCUCAAAGAAAAGGAUCGUAAACGCCAGUAUGAGUUGCUGAAACUUGAGAGGGAUUUCCAGAAACAGGCCAAUGUCCUGCGUCGCAAAACUGAGGAGGCUGCAGCUGCAAACAAGCGGUUGAAAGAUGCUCUUCAGAAGAGAAGCGAGGUUGCAGAGAAACGCAAAGAUAGCCAGAACAGAGGAAUGGAGGGAGCCGCUGCAAGAGUUAAGACUUGGUUUCUCAAUGAAGUGGAGGUGAUGGUUAGCACAGAGGAGGCCCGGCGCCACCUCAAUGACCUGCUGGAGGACAGGAAGGUCUUGGCUCAGGAGGUCAACCACCUCAAACAGCAGAUGGAGGCAGGGGAGCGAUCCGCUGCCAAAAUCAGGCGCCGGACGCUGAUUAUCUCUGAGCUUGAGAGCCAUGGGGCGCUGGAGACUCCUCUGACCAAACAGGUGGAGAACCUGGAAACAGAAAUGGGCCUCAGGAAUGCCCAGAUAGCUGACCUCCAGCAGAAAGUUCUUGUCGCAGACAGCGAGGGGCGUCUGAAGCAGCGCAUAGACAGCAUCACAAGCAUAGUCGAUGCCAAGUGUGCCGUUAGGGUCCUGAUGUCUGAGCUGGUGUCUGCAAAGACAGCCAGCGCCAAGCUGGAGAGUGAAGUCAAACAGGAGAAGGGGAAUUCACAAGAUUUAAGAAAGAUGCUGGCUGAUGAGAGAAAUGUGAUGUCAACCAUGGACAUGGAGCACCAGCAGCAGCUGGUGGAACUGGAGCAGAGGCAUCAAGAGAAGGUCCUUUACCUCCUGAACCAGCUACAGAACAAACCAAUUUGUGGAGAGUCGGAUGAAACAAAGCAGAAAGAGGAGGAGAGUUCAAAGGAGAAAGAGCUGCUCCAGCGUCUCAAAGUUCAGGAAGAAGAGCUUGAAAAGCUGCGAGAAUUAAGUGAGCAGAACCAGCAACUGGUGGAGCAGAAUGAGCAAUACAGACAGAAACUCUCACUGCUCCAUCUGGCAAGUGCAAAGAAAAUCCUCGUUCCUACGACCAACAAUGAAAAGAGUCCAGAUGACUCGUUCGACUACGUUCCUCCAAAACCUAAAGGGAGGCGCUUCACCACAGCUAAAGCACCGCUGAACAUGGCCAUCAACAUCGAAGAGCUGAUGUCUCCCAGUGAGGAUGAGAACGAGCAGGAAGAGGACGAGUGGCGCCCUGAGAAAGCUGAGAAAGGACGCAGAACUUCUAAGAAAGCAAAAACAACUGGGUGUGCGUGUAAAGGUCGCUGCAGCAACAAGCAGUGCAGGUGCCGCAAAGGAAAGAUGACAUGUGGGGAGAACUGCCAGUGUGACCACGAGAAAUGUCGAAAUCUGGACAACCAGGUGCUUGCUGAGGAUGUAAGUCAGACAGAAAAUGUUUCCAGAGACUCUGUGUCUCUACAAGACCCCACAUCCGUCAGCCCUGACAACACCACAUUCUUCAAGCCGCCGUCUUGUACACCCACCAAGAAGGUGCUAAAAGAAAUUGGAGACAUGGGACACGCCACUGCAGACCUAAAGUCAGUGGGGAGAUCUGUCUUGUCAGAUGAUGAGGAGGAGGAGGAGGAGGAGGAUGCCGAUGAGCAGGAAAAAACAACAGUCAGCUUCCUCAAGAAGAAGAAAAGAAUCCUGACGAGUUUUCAGAACAGUUUUUUCUCCGGCUGCACUCCAAUUAGAGAGGAAUCUUAAUCAGGGCAGAGCGUGGUAGGGUGCUUUUUACGUUCGGUGUCUGUGUUUAAAUGUUUUGUCUUGUGUCUUCAGUCUUUUUUUUAUAUGUGACUAAACUGUUGUGUUACUGUAACUUGAAAGUAGCUGUUGAUUCUAAAACACUUUGUUUUCUGUAGAGGGUAACAAAAGGACUGUGAAUAGCAUCGAAUCAUUUACAUGGAAUACACAAUGAGAUGAUCAAGAAGCCUGUACAUAACUUAUAGUUUCAUUUGUUACAUGAUAUUCCCCAUAGAGAAAGACUAAAUUUACUUUGCUAAUAUGUAUAAUUAGUAGUCCACCAAUCUACAGUUGGGCACCAUUCAACAGAUCAUUAUAACACAACGUCUUCUGAAGCAACAAUGAGGUUUUUAACUGUUCUUUUAGUAUCAGAGUUGAAUAAAGUCUUAGAGUCAAAUCUUGGUUUCAAACAACGACAAACUGUUUUUCUUUCAUGUCUGAACAUGAACCCGUGUGUAAUGUCUUAGUGUAAUAAGUUGAUUGAAAAUAAUUUAUUUCAUUCGUUAGUCUGUUUAGGAUUCAUGUUUUACAUUUGACUCCCUUUUAUUACUGUUUCUUAGAGACAGUUAAUCUAUAGUGGAAAUGUUUUUUGACAUUGAAUUAAAAAAUAAAUCUGAAACAAAGUCAAAAUUCAAUUCA